AUGGCAAAGCCAAAAGAAGAAUUUUCACUCAAGGAGACCAAGCCGAACAUCAGUGGCAUGCAGAACACGAGCAGUACUUCCAUGACACGCCACGACCUGGUGGAGCAAAUGCAGUUCAUGUUCGUGAAGAUUUUGAAGGCAAAGGAUUUGGCUGCAGGUAUCUGCAAUCCUUAUGUGGAACUGAUAGUUGGGAACUAUAAGGGCACCACUAGGUCCAUUGAGAAGAAGUCGAAUCCGGAAUGGAGCCAGGUGUUUGCCUUCAAGAAGGAGAGGAUUCAGGCUAGUGCUUUGGAGCUUGUGGUAAGAGAUAAGGCUAAUGGAAGCAGUAACAUGAUUGGUAAGGUUAUGUAUAACAUUGGAGACAUUCCUAUGCGUGUUCAGCCAGACAGCCCUUUGGCACCGCAGUGGUACAGAUUGGAGGAUAAGAAUGGAGUGAAGCUGAGAGGAGGAGAGUUGAUGGUGGCUGUUUGGAUGGGGACUCAAGCAGAUGAUGCCUUUUCUGAUGCAUGGCAUUCAGAUGCUGCAGCCGUUGUGGGUGAUAUGUAUACACGGUCAAAGAUAUAUCAUUCGCCGAGGCUUUGGUAUCUAAGAGUCAAUGUGAUUGAAGCUAAGGAUUUGGUGCUUAGAGAUAAGAAUAGAAAGAAUCCAGAAAUAUUUGUUAAGGCUACUCUUGGGAAUUUUGUUUUGAGAAGUAGGGUAUCACAGAAUAAGAAUGUGAAUCCUGUGUGGAAUGAGGACAUAAUGUUUGUUGCAGCAGAACCGUUUGAGGAGCCUUUGGUUUUGAGUGUGGAGGAUAAGUUGUAUCCGAAUAAGGAAGAAAGUUUGAGUUUGGGGAGGAUUGUGAUUCCUUUAGAGAAUAGUAUGAAGAGGGUGGAUAAUGCAGCUGUGCCUUCUAAGUGGUACAAUCUUGUUCAAGUAGGUGGUGAUGAUCAGAAGGAGGUGAUGAUGAGAUUUUCUAGUAAGCUUGAAAUGAGGAUUUCUUUGGACGGUGGGUAUCAUGUUCUUGAUGAGGCUACUAACUACAGCAGUGACCUCAUGUGUACAUCAAAGCUGUUGUGGAGGCCUGCCAUUGGAUUAUUGGAGUUGGGGAUCUUGAAUGCUACUGGGUUGCAAGUGAUCAAGGCACAAAAAGAGAAGCGCACUACUGAUGCCUAUUGUGUAGCUAAAUAUGGGACAAAGUGGGUGAGGACAAGGACUAUUCUUGAUACUUUGGCUCCACACUGGAACCAACAGUUUUCUUGGGAUGUUUAUGAUUUGUGCACUGUUCUUACAAUUGGAGUUUUCGACAAUGGUCACUUAAUGGAGGAGGCUGGAAAGGGAACUCAUGUACAUGAAAGAAUUGGCAAGGUUAGGAUCCGGCUGUCCACUCUUCAAAGUGAUCGGCUUUACACCCAUUCUUAUCCGCUUCUAGUCUUACAGCCUUGUGGAUUGAAGAAGAUGGGUGAAAUUGAAUUGGCUGUGAGGUUUUCUUGUGCAUCUUUGAUUGACAUGCUACAAACUUAUUCGCUACCAUUACUUCCCAAGAUGCAUUACCUUAGCCCAUUGUCAGUUUAUCAGCUUGAAAGCUUAAGGCACCAAGCUACUAUUAUAACCUCCUUAAGGUUGAGCCGUGCUGAGCCGCCGCUAAAGAAGGAGGUUGUUGAUUACAUGCUAGAUGUUGGAUCAAAUAUGUGGAGCAUACGAAAAGCCAAAGCAAACUAUGACAGGGUCCUUGGCAUUUUCAGUGGUAUUCAUGCUGUUAUCAAAUGGGUUGAGCAUAUACGUAGUUGGACUAAUACUUAUACCACCAUUACAAUUCAUCUCCUAUUCCUAAUUGUUGUCUUCUUUCCGGAACUGAUUUUACCCACAAUGUUUUUCCACAUUUUCCUGGUUGGGGUUUGGCGCUACAGAAAUAGGCCGAGACAUCCUCCUCACCUGGAUACAAGGUUAUCUGGUGCUGAUUCAACAAAUGAAGAAGAACUGGAUGAAGAGUUUGAUUCAUUUCCAUCUAGGAAGACUGGUCAUGAAGUUAUAAGAAGGAGAUAUGAUCGAUUGAGAGGCAUUGCUGGGAGGAUGCAAGUGGUGCUAGGGGACUUGGCAACUCAAGGAGAGAGGGUGCAAUCUCUGAUUACUUGGCGGGAUCCAAGAGCCACAUUUAUUUUCGUGUGUUUCUGUUUGAUAGCCACUUUGGUCACUUAUAUCACUCCUUUCCGAUGCUGGAUCAUUUGUACUGGGUUUUAUGUGCUAAGGCAUCCAAGAUUUCGUGAUGGUCUUCCCUCGUUGCCUCAAAACUUUCUCAGGAGGAUGCCUGCAAGAACAGAUAGCAUGCUCUGA